AUGACAGCAUCCAGCUCCCAGCAAGAGCCGGCCGAAGCAGUCACCACCACCGCUGGCGGCUACACACGCCUGCACAUCACCCCCUUCGACCCCGACCUCCUCCGCAUCAUCCUGCCCUCCGCCAUUCUCCCAACAGCUAAGGACAUCUCGUACCACUCUCUGCAGACCUUUCCCGAGCAGCGCUACGGCUUUGUCAACCUGCCCGCCGCCGACGCCGACAAGAUCAGGAAGAAGCUCAACGGCGCCACUCUACGAGGCGCAAAGGUCCGCAUAGAGCCCGCCCGCCCCGACGACUACAUGGCUCGCUCCUCCGAAAGACUGCAGGACGACCCCGCGCAGGACCGGAAAGAGGAAAGGAAGAAACAUAAGAGGGAAAAGAAACGGAAGCGCGACUACAGUGAGAUCCCGGGCGUCGAGCUUGAGGAAGGCAGAAAGGUCAAGCGGGGAUGGACCGUCUCCGCAGACUCGCACACCAAUAGGAGAGACAGGAAGAAGGAGAAAGACAAGAACAAGGACAAGGGAGAGGAUAAACAGGACAAGGCCAGGAAGAAGGAACUGAAGCGGAGCAAAGAGAUCAAAUCCAGGUACAGCGACGGCCCAGAGUGUCUGGUCAAGACACGACUCCCACCGAACAGAACAAGUCUCGCAGGCACGGCAGAUGACGAAACGGAUGCUAAGAAAAAGCGCAAGAAGUCCAAGGGUGGCAAAGAGGUCCUCGUUCAUGAGUUUGAGAAGACUACGAAGUUUCCCACCUUUUUGAAACAGUCCCAAUCUUCAUCAAGCACCACAGCUCCAACAGAGUUUGUCGAUGGCAAAGGCUGGGUAGAUGCGGAUGGCAACAUUGUCGAGGUCUCACGGAGCACGCGGCCAGCCGUACCUAAUAGAAGUCGGCCAUCUAAGAAGGCAUCACCCGAGCUAGAUGAUGAUGAGACUAGCAGCAGUGGAAGCAGCUCUUCAGACGAUGAAGAGGAGAAUACACAGUCGGAGGAUUCUAGUGUCGAACACCAGGAGGACGAUACCGUGUUUUUGACCAAGGACAGACUUGACACCAUUCCCGAUGCCACCAUGGAUGUUGAUGCUACAAGCCCACAGUCAGAUUUCAAGUCUGACGCUGUAAGGCCAAAGUCAUCAGGCUCAGCAAGGAGCCUAACCAUCAAGAUCCCACCUGCCACACCAGCCGCACAGAAGGUGCACCCCCUCGAAGCCUUAUACAAACGAGCAAAACCCGGUGACGAUGCCACCGCUAUCACCUCAGAUGCACAGCCCUUCAGCUUCUUUGGCGACGAGGAUCAAGAAGAUGAAGAAGACUCGGCUCCCCGCGCCUCACAAAUACCCAUGACGCCCUUCACACAGCAAGAAUUCGAGUGGAGGAAUAUCAGAAGUGCUGCACCGACACCUGACACAGCACAUGCCAACAAGACAUUCAAGUUCUGGUCUGGCGGUGAUGGCGAUGAUAAUGUUGACGAAGAGGAAGAAGAUGACACCAAUGAGUAUCAGCAACGAGCCGCCGAUCUCACAGAAGAAGGUAUCGACACAUUUGAUGACAAUGAUACAGACAAGGUGCCAACAGAUCCUUCAACCAAUUUUCAAAAAUGGUUCUGGGAGCACAGAGGUGACCUGAACCGGUCAUGGAAGAAGCGCAGGAAGAUGGCGGCAAAGGAGAAGAGAUAUAGAGAGAACAGGGCACGCGCAGAUAGGGCUAUCUAA